AUGUCAUGGUGUUGGGUGUUGAUAAAGGGAUACACCCUAUAUCGUGAUAGUGGGGCACGACGAUGUGGGAGUCUAAGAUGGGGGGGGCGGAAUGUGUGUGCCUCCUCGGGCCUCGCUGCGGUCCUCCCGUGUGCAAAGCUCCGCAAGCUGUACAGUAUAUCUUGUACUGUAUAUCUUGGAGCUCGCCGUCCACGUAAGCCACGUGUACUGCGAAUCGAUAUGAUUUGGGAUAUGCAGACGCUGUGUUGGCGAUCUCAAAGCGAUUAGGGCCCUUCGGCACACAUCCGCCCCACCUGUCUCCUUCUCGCUACGACAUGCAACAAACUCACCCACCCCGGCUGCCAUAAAUCUUCUUCCUGCCGCU